AUGGCACGUCUGAGCUUCCUGCUCCUCGGUGCCCUCUCAGCCCUCAGCGGCGUCGCCACUGCCGGCUCCGUAGUAAAAGACCUACUCCCCACCAACUUCGACGAAGUCGUCCUCUCCGGCAAGCCCGCACUGGUUGAAUUCUUCGCUCCCUGGUGCGGCCACUGCAAGACCCUGGCCCCGAUCUACGAAGAGCUCGCCCAGACCUUCGCCUACGCCGAAGACAAGGUCACCAUCGCCAAGGUCGACGCCGACGAGAACCGCUCGCUCGGCAAGCGUUUCGGGAUCCAGGGAUUCCCUACGGUCAAAUGGUUCGAUGGAAAGAGCGAUAAGCCUGAAGAGUACAAGGGUGGUCGUGAUCUCGAGAGCUUGUCUGCUUUCAUUACUGAGAAGACUGGUAUCAAGCCCCGGGGCGCGCAGAAGGAGAUUAGCCACGUUGAGAUGCUGAAUGAUGCUACUUUCCCGACAACCGUUGGUGGCGAUAAGGAUGUGUUGGUUGCUUUCACUGCGCCGUGGUGUGGCCACUGCAAGACCCUCGCCCCUACCUGGGAAACCCUCGCCAAGGACUUCGCCCUCGAGCCCAACGUCGUGAUCGCCAAGGUCGACGCCGAAGCCGAGAACGCCCGUGCCCUGGCCAAGGCCCAGGGCGUCACCGGAUACCCUACCAUCAAGUUCUUCCCCAAGGGCUCGACCGAGCCCGAGGCUUACUCCGGCGCCCGCUCUGAGGAGGCCCUGCUCAAGUUCGUCAACGAGAAGGCCGGUACACACCGUGCUGUUGGUGGUGGUCUUGACGCCGUGGCGGGAACUAUCGCCGCGCUGGACGAGAUCGUUGCCGAGCACGUUGCUACCAAGAAAUUCGAUACCCUCGUCACGGAGGUUAAGAAGGCCGCUAAGGGCUUGCAGGACAAGUAUACUGAGUAUUAUGUCAAGGCUGCUGAGAAGCUGAGCAAGAAUGAGGAGUAUGCUGCUAAGGAGCUUACUCGUCUUCAGAAGGUGCUGGCUAAGGGUGGCUCUGCUCCGGAGAAGCUGGAUGAUAUCCUUUCUCGCAGCAACAUUCUCCGUCGCUUUGUUGGGCAGGAGAAGCAUGAUGAACUUUAA